GUCAAGAUGGGUCUCUACCGCAUCCGCGUGUCCACCGGCUCCUCGCUGUGCGCGGGCUCCAACAACCGGGUGCAGCUGUGGCUGGUGGGCGAGCACGGGGAGGCGGCGAUCAGGACGAGCGUGAGGCCGGCGCGAGGCCAGGAGACGGAAUUCAAGGCGGACGUGCAGGAGUACCUGGGGCGCCUGCUGUUCGUCAAAGUGCACAAGCGGCACUUCCUCCAGGACGACGCCUGGUUCUGCAACUGGAUCUGCGUGCAGGGCCCCGGGGCCGGCGGGGACGAGUUCAGGUUCCCGUGCUACCGCUGGGUGGAGGGCAGUGGCGUCCUGAGCCUCCCCGAGGGCACUGGCAGGACCGUGGGAGACGACCCUCAGGGCCUGUUCAAGCAGCACAGGGAGCAGGAGCUGGAAGAGAGGAAGAAGCUGUAUCGAUGGGGCAACUGGAAAGAUGGGCUAAUCCUGAAUGUGGCCGGGGCCACCAUCAAUGACCUCCCUGUAGACGAGCGGUUUCUGGAAGACAAGAGGAUUGAUUUUGAAGCCUCGCUGGCUAAGGGGCUGGCAGACCUGGCCAUCAAAGACUCUUUAAAUGUUCUGACUUGCUGGAAUGAUCUGGAUGACUUCAACCGGAUUUUCUGGUGUGGCCAGAGUAAACUGGCUGUAAAGGUCCGUGACUCCUGGCGAGAGGACGCCUUAUUUGGGUACCAGUUCCUCAAUGGCACUAACCCCAUGCUGCUGAGGCGCUCGAAGCAGCUUCCCGCCCGCCUGAUGUUCCCCCCGGGGAUGGAGGAGCUGAAGGUCCAGCUGGAGACGGAGCUCCAGAGAGGCACUCUGUUCGAGGUGGACUUCUCGCUUCUGGAUGGGAUCAAGGCCAAUGUCAUCUUGUGCAGCCAGCAGCACCUGGCCGCCCCUCUGGUCAUGCUGAAGCUGCAGCCUGAUGGGAAACUCCUGCCCAUGGCCAUCCAGCUCCAGCUGCCCCACGUGGGGUCCCCUCCACCGCCGCUUUUCCUGCCCACGGAUCCCCCAAUGGCCUGGCUGCUGGCCAAGUGCUGGGUCCGCAGCUCCGACUUCCAGAUGCACGAGCUGCAGUCCCACCUUCUGCGGGGACACUUGAUGGCCGAGGUCAUCACUGUGGCCACCAUGAGGUGCCUUCCCUCCAUACACCCUGUCUUCAAGCUCAUCAUUCCCCACCUGCGUUACACCUUGGAAAUUAACGUCCGGGCCCGGAACGGGCUCAUCUCUGACAUGGGAGUCUUCGACCAGGUGGUGAGCACGGGUGGUGGAGGCCACGUGGAGCUGCUCAAGCGGGCGGGCGCCUUCCUCACCUACCGCUCCUUCUGCCCCCCCGACGACCUGGCCGACCGGGGGCUCCUGGGAGUGCAGUCGUCCUUCUAUGCCCAAGACGCCCUGCGGCUCUGGGAAAUCCUCGCUCGCUACGUGCAGGGUAUCGUGCAUCUCCACUACAAGACGGACGAGGCCGUGAGGGACGAUCUGGAGCUGCAGUCCUGGUGUCGGGAGAUCACGGAGGUCGGGCUGCUUGGGGCCCAGGACCGAGGCUUCCCCAACUCCCUGCAGUCCCGGGACCAGAUGAGCCGCUUUCUCACCAUGUGCAUAUUUACCUGCACCGGCCAGCACUCCUCCACGCACCUGGGCCAGCUGGACUGGUACUCCUGGGUCCCUAACGCGCCCUGCACCAUGCGGAUGCCCCCGCCGACCACCAAAGACGUGACCCUGCAGACAGUGAUGGCAACACUGCCCAGCUUCCAUCAGGCCUCCCUGCAGAUGUCCAUCGUCUGGCAGCUGGGCCGACGCCAGCCCAUGAUGGUGGCUCUGGGCCAGCACCAGGUGGAGUAUUUUUCGGGUCCCGGACCCAAGGCUGUGCUGAAGAAGUUCAGGGAGGAGCUGGCUGUCCUGGAGAAGGAAAUCAAGACCCGGAAUGAAAAGCUGGACAUGCCUUAUGAGUACCUGCUGCCCAGCCUGGUGGAAAACAGCGUGGCCAUCUGAGUGCCACCUCCCCCCUCUCCCAAGCCACGCGCCACCCCUUGGUGC